CAUGGCUCGAGACUCAGAGAAGUGGGCAGCGGAGUGUCAGCAGUGCGUGCUAGGCCAUGCGGGGCCAGGAGUUAAAGCCCCCCUACACCCUGUGAUACACGGUGGCAGUUCCCACCAGACAGCCCAGACCACCGUGAAGGCUCUCUGGCGACACGUCAUUCAACUGUUCGGUUGCCCCGAGCGCAUCCUAACGGAUCGGGGUGGUGCGUUCGAAUCAGAGUUGGUGAAAGAGCUCUGCCAGAUGUACGGCUGCACCAAGAGCCGCACAACCCCAUACCACCCGCAGGGCAACGGGGCUUGUGAGCGUUUCAAUCAGACCCUGUUGGGCCUGUUGAACACUUUGGACCAGGUGGGCCAAGCACACUGGGUUGAUCGUCUGCCGUAUCUGCUACAGGCGUAUAACAACACACCGCACAGCUCUACAGGUCUUGCUCCCUUCUAUGUCCUCUAUGGAAGGCAUGCUCGGCUACCAGUUGACAUGGCCCAGGGUAUCGUCCCAUCACAGCUACAGGGCAGUGUGGAUAGUUGGGUGGUACACCACCAGAAGCAGCUGGUGGCAGCUUAUCAGCAGGUGCACUGGCAUGCACAACGGUGGCAAGACUGGGAUCAGCGUCGCUACAACCAGAGGGCUGGCCCUUCCUCUUCUGCCUGGAGAACGGGUGCUCUGCAAGAACUUUAGGCGGAGAGCCAGAGGGAAGUUGGGGCCUUUCUGGGUCCCAAAGCCUUUUGUGGUGGUCUCUCAGCUUAACCCAGAACAACCCGUUUAUGUGAUACGGCCAGAAGGCAAAGAUGGACCCACACGAACCAUCCACCGCAACAACCUGCGCCCCUGUCCUGGGGGUUGGCCUGUGGACAGAGAGGAGGACCAACCCAAAGCGGCUUCACAAGGGGAGGUAGGGUUUUGGCCUGUUAACCUACAAUAUAGCCCAAGGCGCCCAGGUCUUUCCCAAAAUCAAGACCAGACAGGAGUGGGGGUACCGGUAGCUGAGUUGGUUGAACAAGAGGGUGAUCAGUCAUGGGGUGAUGUAGCCGAGGCAGAGAGUCUGGAGCCUGUACUCAGGCGCUCCGGAAGAGUUAAUAUUGGGGUGCCUCCUGUG